UGUGGGAGCACAAACCGUUCUUACCAACGCCAAACAACAGCAGACAACAACGGCAAACAACAACAGACAACAACGGCAAACAACAGCAGACAACAACGGCAGACAACUGCAAAACAACAGCAGACAACAACGGCAAACAACAGCAGACAACAACGGCAGACAACUGCAAACAACAACAGCAGACAACUGCAAACAACAACAGCAGACAACUGCAAACAACAACAGCAGACAUCAACAGCACACAGCAACAGGCAGGAAAGACAGGAGAACAUAUGGCACAAUGUCACUACAAUAAUCCAUGCUGCCGCCACGACACACCACUUUUGUUUCACAGAUGGGCUUCGGGGAGGACCUGCGUUGCCCACGCGCUCAUGCGGCCGUGCUCAAGCUGCUGGACUCUGAACUUCACCUGAUGGAGGUCAUGAAGAAGUGGAUGGGCCAGAGGGCGAAGAGUGAGAGGGACUUUGCAGUGCAACUGCAACACAUGACCCUCCUGGUGGAAAAGCAGGAGCACAGUCAUGAACCAGGACCAGGACUGGACCACAUCAGCCAGGUCAACAAGUCCUGGGGAGUUCUGGUCUCUCAGACGGACCUUCUAAGCCAACUGAUGAGGAGAUGUUCUGAGGACCUGCUCAGCGGACCCGUCAGCAAACUGACGCUGCUCAUCCGAGACAAACAACAGCUCCGCAAAACCUACACGGAGCAGUGGAGCCUCUUGAGGCAGGAGCUCAGCAAAGUGACGCAAACAGAGCUGGAGAGGCUGAAGGGCAGCUACAGGCAGGCAGCGAGAGAUUUUGCCCACGCAAAGAGGAAGUUCCAAGAAUCCAGUAAAGACAAGGAGCGUGACCGAGCAAAGGAACGUUGUGUCAAGGCAACACUCAGGCUCCAUGAGACGCACAAUGAGUAUGUGCUGUCUGUCCGUGCGGCACAAGUCUACCAGGAACAGCACCACACUCACAUCCUGCCCGCCAUGCUUAAUGCCCUGCAGGCUCUGCAGCAGGAGGUGGUGCUCAUCCUAAAGGAGAUCCUGCAGGAGUAUUUUGAUAUUUCCUCUCUGGUUCAUCAUGAAGUAGUGCACAUCCACAGAGAGAUGUCCACUGCUAUUACGUCCAUCGAUCCGCUCACAGAGUAUGAGAGCUUCAUCAAACAAAACAGGUCUGUGGAGGAGAUUCCUGCUUGUGCAGAAUUUGAUUGCAGUCUUUUGGAGAAUGAAGACACAGAGAAACCAAACUCCCAAGAUGUGGAGUUAAAUGACUUAACACUCGAGACGAUCCAGCACAAGCUGACUUCAAUAGAGGAGGAACUGUUGGACUUGACCAGGUCUUUGGGCUCCCAGCAGGUUGCAGCGGAACAGUUGGAGCUGGAUUUGGAAAUGACAGAAGGAGGAGGCAAGAAGGGCCAGAGGAUCUACCAACUCAGCAAGAGACAUGCUCUGGAGGAAUAUCGACAGCAGGUUGCUCUGUCUCAAGGCAGGAGGGCCGGGCUGGAGGUCCAGAGGCUCAUUUUGAAGACAAAGUUGGAGCAGCUGGGCUCCAAAGAACCUCCACCUGCCGUGCAGCUGCAGAACACCGACACUAAGCACAACGACAACAACCAAAUGCCAUCCAAGCUUUUCGGGAACGGGUUCAAAAACUACCUGUUUCAUCCCAAAAGUGAUGACAACAACCAAAUGCCACCCAAGCUUUUCGGGAACGGGUUCAAAAACUACCUGUUUCAUCCCAAAAGUGAUCUCAAGUCAGUGGAUCGUCCCCUGGAGCAGCAGACCUGGUACCACGGCGCCAUUCCCAGGCUGGAGGUCGAGCAGCUGCUUCAGUGUGAUGGUGAUUUCCUCGUGAGACAAAGUCUAGAAAAACAGGGUUAUGUGCUCUCUGUCCUCUGGGAAGGAUCCUGCAAGCAUUUCCUCAUCCACAACACGGCCAAUCAGUACCGCUUGGACGGGGAGAGCUUCUGCAGCGUCCCGCAGCUGAUCCAUCAUCUACUGUCCUCACGGCAGCACAUCACUAAGAAGUGUAAUAUACAGCUGAAGAAACCUGUGCUUAAGGACAAAUGGGUCCUGGAACACGAUGAUGUUAUAUUAGGAAACAUCAUAGGGCGGGGUAAUUUUGGGGAGGUGUACAGCGGAACUUUGCGCUGUGAUAACACUCCUGUAGCAGUGAAGGCCUGUAAGGACAGCCUGGCAUUGGAGCAGAAGAACAAGUUUCUGAUGGAGGCCCGGAUCCUCAAACAGUACGAUCAUCCCAACAUUGUAAAGCUGAUUGGCGUGUGUACACAGAAACAACCCAUCUAUAUUAUAAUGGAACUGGUUCAAGGUGGAGAUUUCCUCUCCUUCUUGCGGCAGAAAGGUCAAGGUCUGACCCCUAAGAUGUUGGUCAGAAUGGCAGAAAAUGUUGCGGCCGGCAUGGAGUACCUGGAGAAAAAGAAGUGCAUACACAGAGAUUUGGCUGCCAGAAACUGCCUGGUGGCUGAGCAUCACGUCGUGAAGAUAAGUGAUUUUGGGAUGUCUCGACAGCAGGAUGAUGGAGUUUACUGUGCAGAGGGCGGCCUCAGACAGAUACCCAUCAAAUGGACGGCUCCUGAAGCACUCAACUACGGUCGUUACACCACAGAGAGUGACGUAUGGAGCUUUGGUGUGCUGCUGUGGGAGGUCUUCUCCUUGGGAAUCCAACCUUACGCCAGCAUGAGCAACCAGCAGACAAGAGAUGAGGUCGAAAAAGGAUAUCGCAUGGCGGCUCCACGGGGCUGUCCAAUGGAAGUUUCCAGGCUUAUGAGCAGCUGCUGGCAGCAUGAAUCCAAAAAUAGACCCUCUUUUAAAAAACUGAGGGCUGAGCUUAAUGCCAUCUAUAAGAAUGUUACAUAAUAGGAGCCAUUGUUUGCUUGUAUCUUUUACUGUAUACAAAUUAAAACACAUACACCCGCGAUGAAAUAUUGCUAUAAAAAAAGACACUGCAGCAGCAUUAUUUAUUUUGACUUGAAAAACUGUAUGCAUGGGUGCAAUUUGCAAUAGUAUAAUAUAAUAUACUGUUUAUAAUACAAUACAGUGGUUCUCAACCUUUUUUCAGUGAUGUACCCUCUGUGAAUAUAUUUUUUAAUUCUUGUACCCCCUAAUCAGAGCAAAGCAUAUUUGGUUGAAAAAAAGAGAUAAAGAAGUAAAAUACAGCACCAUGUCAUCAGUUUCUGAUUUAUUAAACUGUAUAACAGUGCAAAAUAUUGCUCAUUUGUGGUGGUCUUUCUUGAACUAUUUGGAAAAAAAAUUAUAAAAAUAACUAAAAACUUGUUGAAAAAUAAACAAGAGAUUCAAUUAUAAAUACAAAUGUCUACACAUAGAAGUAAUCAUCAACUUAAAGUGCCCUCUUUGAGUAUUGUAAUAGAGAUCCAUCUGGAUUCAUGAACUUAAUUCCAAACAUUUUUUCACAAAAAAAUAAAUCUUUAACAUCAGUAUUUAUGGAACAUGUCCACAAAAAAAUCUAGCUGUCAACACUGAAUAUUGCAUUGUUGCAUUUCUUUUCACAGUUUAUGAACUUACAUUCAUAUUUUGCUGAAGUAUUAUUCAAUAAAUAUAUUUAUACAGGAUUUUUUAAUUGUUGCUAUUUUUAGAAUAUUUUUUAAAAAUCUCACGUACCCCUUGGCAUACCUACAAGUACCCCCAGGAGUACGCGUACCCCCAUUUGAGAACCACUGAUAUAAUAUAUAUUAAUAGGAUAGGAUAGAAUUUAUUCAUACCACAAUGGGGAAAUUAUGUGGUUGGAAUGUAGAUACAAAAAGUCCACAAAAAAUAUAGUAAUAACAUAUGGAAUCAAGAGAAACAUUAAAGAACACAAAGGAUACUUCCGCGGCGCCAUUUCCACAUACAGCUUCAAAAUUAAAACACAAAAGUAAAGAGCAUUAAAUAAUACAUAUUGCGUACAUAGAAUUGCACCAAGCAUACAACAAAACCAUUUUAACAGCCCCAUACACCACGGUGGCCUCUACAGUGCUCCAAGCCAUCGUCUGCUUGGGUGGGGAGUUGCACACCCAGAGACAGGAACAGACCUAACAAAGCAACCCAGAGAAGAGCCUACUCCGUCUUAUGCUGCCCACUAGCCUGUGGCCAAUGUCCGUCUGGUCUGUGUGAAUGAGCAUGACACUGUCUCGGUAGACGCAAUUGUGCGAUACAUGCUAAUUCAGCAUCGUAAAGAUCGACCUUCAUGAUGUACAACGCUGGCACUGCAGCCCUGUCUCUUCAUCUGCAUCUCAUCCAGUCUCUCCACACAGUUACACUUAGUCUCUAGUGCAAACAUGGCCUUUGCCAAGAGGCUACCCCAGGCACAUCCAAAAGUUCACAACAAAGCACUGCAGAAGUCAUGAAAGUUGGUUGGUUGAAGUUCAUUUUGAAAAUGUAUAGAGUUUAAAUAUGAUAACCCACAUACUUCUUUUUUCCUUAUUUUCAGCAUGUCCGAAAAUGAAUAGGAAGAUGCAAAGCAUAUUUAAUCCCACCCCUUUCCUACUUCAUAGUAAUUUCUAACACAUAUGUUCUCUUCCUGUUCUUAAUUUGUACAACAUUUAUAUCAAAUAAUUCUUCGUACAACAGUUCUCUACCUAAAUAACUAAGUCAGUUCUGAUUAACUUGAUGAGAUCCAUCCAUCAAUUUUCUACCGCUUGUCCCUUUUUGGGGGUUCGCUGGAGCCUAUCUCAGCUGCAUUCGGCCGGAAUGCAGCUGAGAUAUUUCCAGCUCUCCAAGUAGAACCUGAUUCGAAGAACAAGAGACUUUUAUCCAUUUCUGAUCCCCCCCUGCGAUAACGGCAAUAGAGGAACAAGACUUCCUGUUCACCAGAGGAACCAGGUCGUUGGCCGCUUGGGCCUCGGCUCGUGGCCGCCACCAUUUCUCGUUUUGGUUCCGCUCUUCUGCUGACGCAACCAAAGCCUGGAUGUGAUCGCCGGGCCCGGUGAUCUAUCUGGCUUCUUCCAAAUUUCAGAGGCCCCUUUUUUGGACAUUUUUGGCUUUUUACCCUUUUUGGAAAGCACGCUUCGGUUCCCCGCUUUUUUGGGGUAUUUUUGGGGUUUUAUCUAAUUUUUCCAUCUUCCGUAUUUUCUUUUGUACUUUACCCCUUUUUUUUUUUUUUUUUGGUUUUCGGUUUACCGUUUUUUAUUUCAUGAUUUUUCCCCCUUUUUUGGGGUAGUCUGGUUUUUGGGUUUUCUUUGGUAAUUUGCCCCUUUUUUGGGGCCUUGUGGUUUUCGGUUUACCAUAUUUUAUUUUGUAUUUUUCCGCUUUUUGGAACCGAUUCGAGCUCUCUUCUUUUUGGGAACAUCCCCCGAAGAACCUUGCACAGUAAGACCCAUUCCGACUUCUAUUAGAACUGGGACACAUUGACACAUUGAUUAGCCAUUUAUUACAUUAUUACAAUAUUUUCAGUGAUAUUCUUUUAUUAUUGAUGAUUAUUGGGAAUGAUUUAUUGAAGCUGCUCAACACUUAUUCUAUCGAACCUGCAAUAAAAGGCAUCAUAUAAAGGAAUAA